AUGCAUCUUGACUCCCAGACUGUCGACAUCGUCGAGGUGCUCAAGAAGGAGAAAGCUGCCUUGAACGCCCGUCUCGAGGAGGCCACCAAGAAGCUCGCUGCUGCCAUGGAAGCUUUCGAGAGUGACAAGCAGGAGCGCACCAAGGCUGAUGUCGAUGCCAACAACCGCAAGAUUCAGUCCAUGAAUCUCGAGCCGAUUGAGCUUAUGGCAACCGAGCAUCACGUUCACCGCCCUUCUUCCUCUGGCCGGACUGACAGCUCUACCUGGGCCGAAUACACCGCCAAUGCCAACAUCGAGGACGCCAAGAACACCAGUUCAGAUGAGGACACUAUCGAGGAUUGCUGCUGGGGACAUAUCUCUAGAGAGUCUAAGGAUGCCCUUGGUGACCUGAAGAGCGUCAAGUCAUCUGAUUCUAUCGAGUGUUUGACCCCGUCUGACUCCUCUGCCCAGAGUAACCCCGCCUCAUCUAUAGCAUUGGUCGACUCUGAACCAACGAACCCGACUCUCCCCUCCACAUUGACCGAGCGACCACCACUCACGAUGGCGAAAAAGAAGCACCUGUCCAACAAGAAGCAGAAUAGGGGCAAGGGAGCCAAACAGGUUCGCAAAGAGGCCCGCAAAGAGGCUGCUCAGCAUCUGGGUGACCAGGACGAGCCCUCGAAGCAGGUUGCCAUCGACGAGAAGGGCAGGAAGAUGACAGUCAUCAUGGGAGGAGAAGCGGAGAUGGACAAGCUCUGGGAGCGCAUGCAGAUGAUCUUUGCUCUGCAGUUCCAGUCGAAGACGAUCUCCGAGUGGCUCGAGGGUGCCCGGGCAGCCCUUAACGCCCAGCCGAACAAGGAAGAUAGUGGCCAGAAGAACUUCAAGGAGUUGGAAUUGGACGUUGAAAGACUUGUUAGUCGCAUGAGAGAUACGAUCAGCGCCAACAAUAGGCAAGCUGCUCAGCAAGGACUUCAGACUUUGGACCUGGUCCCUGCCGACUUGCCGCUGGUGGAAGGUGUGCGUAUUGAAGAUGUUGUGACGGGAUUCGAGGCGGACCUGGCCAAGAUGACAAUGAGCUUGAACGAGUGCGUCAGCAGUCUAACUCAAGCCUCUGGCCUGGAGGAUCCUGGAAGUCUUGACUUUGUUCCAUUGGACAAUGAUAGAAUGCGCCUUAGAGGUGGCUGAGUGCCCCAAAGCUGGUGAGGUGGGAUCUUGCGCUUAGGCUUGUCUGUUCUGUCUUUGGUGAGGAGGUCUUCAAGGGGAUAUGAAGGAACAGGCACAAAGGAUGCUUUGUGACACGGCGUACCAAAGUCUAUGUGCCCAAGCUCCCGCUCUUUAACAUAGUCUUGUUGUUGCUGGAUGGCAACUCAAUAAAAGAGUUCAAUGGACGUCAGGGCAUCAACAACGCCCCUUCCCC